GAGCUUUCUGUCGAAAACUACUCUAUGAAUAAAAUCAAACUACAUCAACUCAUCGAUUUGUAUACAGCCUUCUAGCUCACUCAUUUGUCAUAUACUCAAAAAAAUGUCUCAAAAAAUUGUCAUCGUUGGUUCUGGUUUCUCCGGCCUCUACAGCGCAUUAUCCGCCAGGAGACUCAUCGAGCAGAACAAGGACCGCGUUGGCAAUGGCAUCGACGUUGUCAUCGUUGCCCCUGAGCCUAAGCUCGUGACUAAGCCGCGUCUAUACGAGGCCAACGCCGCUGGCAUGUCCGCGCCCCUGGAAGAACUUUUGAACGCUACCGGUGUCCGUUUCACUCGAGGAGUUGUUGACGUGAUCCGGACUAAGGAUAGGCAAGUGGAGGUGGUCAGUCCUACGGGCGAACGCUCGAACCUUUCAUAUGACAGACUGGUUUUGGCUGCUGGCAGUCGUCUAGUGAAGCCAAACAUCUCUGGUCUUAGGGAGCACGCGUUUAGCAUCGAUAAUAUCGCCGAUGCCGCCGACUUGGAGGCUCAUCUUAAACGCCUGGCAUCUCUGCCCUCCAGUCCGGAACGCAAUACUGUUGUUGUGUGUGGCGGCGGAUUCACUGGUAUCGAGCUUGCCGCGGAGCUGCCUCGGCGCUUACGGGCUAUUCUGGGCAUGGCGGAGAAGGUGAGGGUCGUUGUUAUUGAGAAGUCAGAUGUAAUUGGACCCGACUUGGGAGAGAACCCUCGCCCGGUUAUCACCCAGGCUCUUGGUGAUCUCGAAGUCGAAACUAAGCUGGGCACUGCCGUUGCCUCGAUUGAUGCCAACGGUGUCGUUACCGCUUCUGGAGAGCGCAUUGACGCCCGAACCGUUGUUUGGACCGCUGGAGUGGAGGCUACGCCGUUGACGAAGCAGAUUCCUGGCGAGACGGAUGACCGAGGAAGGUUGAUUGUCGACUGCGACCUUCGUGUUCCAUCAACUCCCGACGUGUUUGCCACCGGCGAUGCAGCUUGCGCCCAGACAGACGAUAAGGGUAACCGUACAAUGAUGUCGUGCCAGCAUGCUAUCCCUCUUGGCCGCUCUUGUGGUUACAAUGUUGCUGCUGAUCUUCUCAAACUUCCCGGCCAGCCCUACCUCCAGCCCUCGUAUGGGACAUGCCUGGAUCUUGGUGGCUGGGGUGCUGUCGUAUGCGAUGGAUGGGAUCGAAAAGUCGUCAAGUCUGCUGGACCGGCAAAGGAGAUCAAGGCCUGGAUCAAUGGAUGUGUCAUAUACCCUCCCAAGGCAAUCGCACAGGAGGCUUUCGAUGCGGCCAAUCCUAUGGUCAACCAGCUUCCGGUGCUAUGAAUUUUCCAUGACUGCAGAGCGCUCUGAUUGUUCGACAUCCUCCUGUGUAGCUAUUAGAAUUGUGAAGGAUAUAGAGUGUAUCUAGGAAUAGAGUAGAAUUAGAAAG